AGAGAGAGAGAGAGAGAGAGAGAGAGUAUGUGUGUGUAUGUGUAUCGUGAUUCGAAUAAAAAUUCCCGCGGGGAAAUCGAAUCGAACGCGAUAAACGACAAAUUGUCAUUCAUGGAACGAUGCGCGUCGACGCGCGGUUUUUCGAACUCGCGCACGUCAUUAUAAGUCGUUGGAAUUUUUUACUUUCACUACCAAUGUAUUGCGACAGGCCGUGUCGCGUAUGCAUUCAUACGCUCGUGCCGGUAUAAGCGCACCAGGAGUAAACGUGGCAGGAUAGUUGUCAUUCUACGUCGGUGACGAUACCAUUGCUGGAUUGCACGAUCGAUCGUAGAAUCAGGUCCGGACGAGUCAUGGGUCAGAACCAGUUGUUGAUCACAGCUUUGUUGGCGAUAUUGUUGUUUCACAGCGAAAUAAUCGUGUCGACCGCGGAUCCGGUUUUCAGGCUUAUACACGAUCUGAUACAACACAACAUCGCUGGCGUGCCUGUUACGCAUCAGAAAACAGAGUGGGAUUUCGAUCCGGAAGUUGGCAAACAGAGAAGAGUCAGGUACGAGCAGGAAAACGGACGUUUCGGAGAGACUGCGAUAGCAAAAAUCGGAAUGGGCAUCGGAUAUAAGGGACCAUGGGGGAAGCUCGUGGAUAAUUGAACAAGUUUCAUCGAAAGGGUCGCAAAUUAUCGAUGAAAUGUUUACGAGAUGCUGCGAUUGAUGAGUGAUGAACUUUCUAAAUGCAACACGCACUCCUGAUCGCCGCCGCGUGGAAUAAAUAAGCCAAGUAUAUUUCAGGGCGAAAUUACUUUCUCGACAGAUUGUUACACUAAAUUCGAUUAAUAACUUGAUAUCUUAGUAAUCCCUUUUGACCGUUUCCACUGAAUGAGUUCAAAAUAUUUUGUAAUUAAAAGGAUAAAUAAAAAUAAACAAUAUACCUCGAUCGUGUGACCGAUCGACGGUCGACAACCAAAGGCUAUGGGAAAUUUCAUCUUCCUUCUUCUCUUCUCCGCAGCUUUUAUUUAACACGAAGUCGUUAAAUUAUGGCGAGCAUUUCCAUCAAAUUCGGGAACAAGGCUCAUCGAUGCGAUUUGCGCAACAUGUUCGAGAAAAAGUUGAGCAAAGAAGCUUGGGACUUUCACUUUACAAUGUCCAAGAGAGAACGAGGUAGUAGGGGAGCGAAUAAGGUCAGAAUGGGUCUCUCGACGCGCAGAUCAGGCUUAGUCACAUAAGGUAUAGCAGUUCGUGCUAUGUUAUCAACUCGUGUUGUCAUAUCGAUCGGUCAGAUUAAAAUUUAAUUCACACGGUUCAAUUUCGACUUACACACGUGACGAUUCUUUUUCCAAGGAGACGUCUCUUUGCUCGACGCUAAUCUAUCCAAAGCUUUCCCGCGAUCAAUCGCGAGCGCGCUUAACUUGGGAUCAUCUGCCAUGGUGAGUUGCGUAAGUUUCCUAUAAGUGAAGCGAGACGAUGCAGGUGUUGCGCGCAACCACACGAGCAACAUAUUCUAUUCCCUGAAUCGAUUUGGUCUCUGAAUCUCUGGCGAAAAUCUGCAUCUUAAUAUCACGUUGCGCGCGUCGGAUAAAAUGUGAGGCAAACUUUCCUUUUAAUUUUGUGGUCACUCGUAGUGAAGUACAUCCAUCUAUUUGCAGCGGCUGACUGUGAUCGCGUUAACGACGUUUGUCGUUCUCUUCUUUGCUUCAGUCAACAAAAGCGCAGCUACGAUCCCGGAACUUAGAGCACCAAAUUUCCAAUAUUUUGAACGACCGAAAUAUCGUUAUCCGUACUACGACGAGAACGGCAAGGGAAAACUAUUGUACGGUUAUGGUGGGC